UUGAGGUUAUUUCACGAUAAAUUUACAUAACUUUAAAUUAGUUAUUAUUUUUAAAUUAAAGUGUUAUAAUGGAGCGGAAAAAUAAACCGAAAUCGUUUAAAGCUACGCAUUUCCCACCGUUAUUGGCGGGGGCUGUAGCUGGCGUGUCUGUAGAUGUGACCCUAUAUCCUCUGGAUACUCUUAAGACUCGGCUGCAGAGUGCUCAAGGUUUCCAAAAAGCUGGCGGCUUCAGUGGUGUUUACAGAGGUCUGCUGACAGUAGCAGCGACGUCUAUGCCGACAACAGCGCUGUUCUUCGCAUCGUAUGAAGCUACGAAGACCCUCUGCCAGCCGUUAGUGGCCACGCAGUACACACCCUUGGUACACAUGUUCGCAGCCAGCGUCGGGGAAGUGCUGGCGUGUCUAAUCCGAGUCCCGACGGAGAUAGCGAAACAGAGGAAGCAAACAUACGUCGGCACAAACUCCAAGAGUAGUAUUUCAAUACUUUUACACGCGUAUAAAACGGAGGGUUUCUUCCGGGGCGUGUACCGCGGCUUCGGUUCCACCGUCCUUCGGGACCUUCCCUUCAGCUUCAUAGAGCUGCCUGUCUGGGAAAUGUUGAAGACAACCGUCAGGAAAUAUAAUGACGGCGAGAUUAGCAGUUUUCAGAGCGCAAUCUGCGGGUCAAUAGCAGGCGGUUUCGCAGCGGUCCUAACAACGCCUCUAGACCUCGCCAAAACCCGCAUCAUGCUAUCAGACAGUUACAGAGUCUCCGGCAAAAUGAAGAUCAAGCCUGUCCUAACAGCCAUCUACAUAGAGUCAGGAUUCAAAGGUCUUUUCGCCGGAGUCAUGCCCAGAAUGACCGCCAUCAUGAUUGGAGGUUUUGUGUUCUUCGGAGUUUACGAAGACACGAAGAAGUAUGUCGAAAAAUAUUUCGAUGGAAGAUAGCAUUUGGUUGUAAUUAGCUAAUAAUCAAGGUCAAGUGUUUGUCUGUGAUUUUCUUAGACACUAUUGAUAUACGGCCAAGGAAAACUUUGGUAGAUGGUUCUAAUGUGAAGAAAUUAAAGUCUGGGGUAAAUCUAGUAAGAAUUAGCUUCUUACACCCGGUUUCCGAAAGGCCGUUCAAUGUUAAAAUCAAUUUAAUCUCUUGUCAAGUCAUCUGAUUGGUUGUUGAUAAUUCAGUCAACAACAUAAUAAUUCAGUUAACAGGAGAUUAGUUAAUUUUAGCGUUGACAAGCCUUUCAGAAACCGGGUGUAAGUCUUCAACACCUAAGCAGAUGGAACAAUUAUGAUGAGAUUAUGUAAAGAGAUAUAUUCUGGGGUCGUCCUUACGUAAAUAAUUUGUAGGAAAAAAAACGAUUUAUUACGAAUUCAAAGGUUAUUAACUAAAUGUGAACAAUCUUGGCAAGUCUUUUUAUCUAAAAGUUGUCGAAAAAUUAUCUUCUAAUUAGGUAUUUAAUUAAAUCUAUGUUAGCUAAUAAAUUGAAUUUAAAUAAUCUUUGUAUGUAUUUUAUACGACGUCUUUAAUAUAAAAAGACAUACCAACAUUGUUUACCUAUAGUUAACUACCUAUAUAUAUGUAUAGACCAUACAACAGUACAAUAUGGUGCUUUAGUUUUAUUCCAAGACUUGUCUGUAUAAUAAUAAUUCUGAAUUAAGUCGUAUGUGUGAGAAUUGUAUUUAUAUUGAAUACUUAUGUUGUAAUUUUGGAUGUAAGGUGCAAUGUUUUAAAUGCUUAUCCAUUAUUUAUAUAUUGACAUUGUAGAUUUUAUACCUAUAAACUUGCAACGAAAAUUGUUUAUUUAUUUGACGUUGACAGAGCUCUAGAAAACAUAAUUAUAUUUUAAGGGCAUAAUAUGUUAAAUCUCACUAACAGGGAUGUGAACUGCCGUAAAAGAUUUUGUUCCGAAAAUAAGUAGUUUGGUAGUUUCUGACUAGUCAAAAUAUCUAUAUUUUUAUCAAAAUGCAAUCUUCAGCGAAUUUUUUAAUAUUUUUUUAACAUAUUUUAAUGGCCACAUUAUGAUUUUCUGAUACGACAUACGUAAGUAAUUUCUUUCGUAACUUAAAGUAUUUAAGGUAAAAAAAACUUGAGACCAAAGAAAUAUUUUUUCACCAAUAAGUAGGUACCUACUACCUAUGUUUAAUAUUGUUCAUCAUGCCUUUUUUUUUGUUUGGCUUCCAAAAUGGGUUCCUAAUUCAUUAUUAUACCUCAGUUUCCUGGUGUAGGGUUGUAUAAUCGAUAAGUAGAUAGUUAUGUGUAUUUUAUAUACAUUAUGUAUAUUUAUUGUUGUUGAAUUUGUUAUGUAAAUAGCGUUAGUUCUGUG